GCCGCGCGUUAUUGACUGUGUCCGUGCUUCUUUUUUCGUCCACUGAUUUGCCAAUGUUACGAUUCAUGUGUAUGCAAACAGGACGGUGCGGUGUAAUAGCUUACGAAUCUAUCUUGUUAGAUCCGCGCUUUUAUUUAUUACUACAUAUUGCGUAUUAUCGUUGCAUCUUUUACACCAUCAUCGCAGAUGUAUAUAAUAUCGCAAAAUACUUUCAGUUACUUAUUUUGUUUAUUGUUUUUUCUAUUUUAAGUUUAUGAAAUAAUCGAAUAUUUAAUAAUCAAAUAUAUCGAAAAAUUGAAAUAUUGUGGAUAUCAAGAUUAUCAUAGUAUCUUUACAGUUUUGUUAUCCGAGAUAUUGAGAUAUUCUUCCAUUGAUAUUAAUUUAUAAUUAUUUAUUGCACUUUUUGCAAUAUUUUUUCACAUUGAAUUAUUCAUUAUUUAUGACUCGUAUAUUGUAUGUGCACGAGAUUAAAAUUGUAUCAAAAUUAUGUUUGAAGAGGCAUAACGCAAAUGGCAAAUGAUUAUCAAUGAAAAGCCAGCUUUGAAUGUACUUUGAAUAUCACGUGCAACACAAAGAUUUACUUUAUAUGUAGCCGACGGCUGCUGGAUUAAACAUCUUUUCGAUGGACCCGACCAUGUUAGAGAACAGCAACAUUGAAAUUGGAACGCAAUCGCAACAUCAUCAACAACAACAGCAACAACAACAACAGCAACAUCAACAACAAUAUGGAGAAGUAAAUCAAUUGGGUGGUGUAUUCGUGAAUGGUAGACCCCUCCCUAAUGCUGUCAGAUUGAGAAUUGUCGAACUUGCACAGUUGGGUAUACGACCAUGUGAUAUCUCACGACAAUUACGUGUCAGUCAUGGAUGCGUCAGUAAGAUACUGGCACGAUAUCAUGAAACGGGUAGUAUACUGCCAGGCGCAAUUGGUGGUAGUAAACCGCGAGUAACCACACCGAAAGUCGUGCAAUAUAUUAAACAAUUAAAAUUAAAGGAUCCAGGGAUUUUUGCUUGGGAGAUCAGGGAUCGAUUGUUAUCUGAUGGCGUUUGCGAUAAAUACAACGUUCCUUCAGUAUCCAGUAUAUCGAGAAUAUUAAGAAACAAAGUCGGUAUAACGACGACUAUGCAUCAUCAUCCACAUCAUUCAGCUCACCAUCAUCAUCAUCAUCUUUAUGCAGCCGCUGCAGCGGCUGGUGCAGCUCUUUGUCCAGUGCCGUAUCCACCGACACCAUAUCAUCCGACGGUACCACCUUCUAUCACACAUCACCAUCAUCAAGUUGGACCAUCGUCAGCGAAUAAACUCUCACCAUCGUCGCCUACAGUUCAUACGAGCGGCGGACAUCAAACGGCGACCAACAACGCACUGCAAUGGCCAAGUUCUCACACUGUACACGACAUUCUGGCUAACAGCUGUAACAUACAGAAUUCUUCGUCGUCUCCUUCACCAACUUUAUCAUUAUGCUCUACGAUCAACAACAAUCAUCAUACUCGUCAUAACGAUAAUUCCGCUAAUAAUAAUAGCAACAACAGUAAUAGUGAUAAUAAUGAUCGUAGGACGUCAAGUUAUCUUCAUCCGCAUCACUCUCAUCAUGCACAUCAUCAUCAUCAACAGUAUUAUACUUCUGCAUUAUAUCAUCAUCAUCAUCACUCGGAUACUAUGGCAGCGGCCACCAUAUCAUCCACUCUCUCUGUACAAUCUAUCAUGUUGCAGUCUUCAGGCACAAGUCAACCAGCCAGCCCUUGCAAUUAGAAGAAAGAAUAACAUUGUCUCAUAAAUACAAAAUUAUAAACAACUAAAUAAUCAAUAAUAAAUUAGUUUUUUGGGCGCGGAUAAAUGUUUUUAAUAUAUUUUUACGCAUAGUAUAAUUAAUUAUAGUAGAACUAAUAAUGCAAUGAGGAUGUUCGUAUUAUUAAAAUUUUUUGU